CCACCAGAAGUCCGGGUGAUAUGGAUGGGUCACAAAGUAUCAGCACCAGAAGCGAGGACGGCAGUUCUGACACCAGCCUGGAGGAGGCGCUGACCUUCUCUCCAGACCUCGGACUGUCACCUGUCACCUGUCUUUCCGGAAACAUGGAUCAUCUCCACUGCCUGGACAGUAUCAGUCCAAGGAGGAGGCUGAAACUUUCCCCGGAUUCGCAGAAUCCCAGCCCCAGCGAUGAGACGCCGCUACACGCAACCAUGGGAACCGCUUCCUUCUCAGAUUUUCCCAUUGAAUCCACUCCUCCACAGACCUGCAGCACAAGCGAUUCUUCCCGUGACUCCACCCUCCGCAAACCGAUAAAGAAGAAGGCGACAAGAAGAGCGAACGUGAGGAGGGGCGAGGAGAACAGACCCCACGCAGACACCAGGAAGAAAAAAUCCAGAAUGAAGCUUUCGGAAUUGUUCACCAGCCCGGAGCUGUCAGUGAGACAACAAAGUCACAGAGCGGAGGAGGACACCAAAGAAAGAUCCAUCGUCCAGAGGAGCGACGCAACAAAAGGCUUUCCGCAGAUGGGUGACAUCAGUCCAACCUUUAACGCUGCCGGUAAUGAAGAAGACGACCUGAUUGGUGAUUUUUCGAAGCGGUAUUGCUUACCCGUGGAAAGAGGCAAACACCAGGACCUCAGAUAUAUUACAAGUCAUACGCUGGCGGAUCUACUGGAAGGAAGAUACGAGGACACUGUGGGGAAGUACCAUGUGGUGGAUUGUCGCUAUCCGUAUGAGUAUGCCGGGGGGCAUGUCAAGGGAGCCUGGAAUUUAUAUAAAGAAGAACUUCUAGCAGAAUAUUUUCUGAAGAGACCGUCUCCUCCCGGGAGUCGAGCAGUGCUGAUAUUUCACUGCGAAUUCUCCUCGGAGAGAGCGCCAAAACUGUGCCGUACAUUAAGAAAUCUGGACCGGAAGGAGAACAUAUAUCCCCAUUUAUAUUACCCUGAGGUCUACUUGCUGAUGGGAGGUUAUAAGGAGUUUUAUGAAAACUUUACGGAUCUUUGUGAGCCCCAAGGUUAUGUGAACAUGCUUCACAGCGACUUCACAGAUCAACUGAAGAAAUACCAUAAAAAGAAGAAGCCCCCCUCAGGAAAAAGGGUGCGCAAGGAGCUCUUCAAACCACCCAACUCCAACGGAGGCUUCAGUCCUGUGACCACGCAAAGUUUAUUAAAACUCUGAAUCAAUAAACGUUUGUCCGUAAAACAACACCAAGCAAAAAAAUAUUUGAGGAACUUUAUUAAAACCUCACUCCAAAAAAAUUAAAAAAAUUAAAAAACCCAACCUGGGAACCCAAGUUGUACAGUGAAAAUUCAAAAACUUUUUUUUUGGGCUCUGGCUACCAAGAUAAGAAGAGAUGAGUAGUCUCCACCAUUGGAGGAAGAAGUGUCCACCACUAAAGGAAGAAGUGUCCACCAUUGGAGGACGAGGUCUCCACCAUUGGAGGAAGAAGUGUCCACCAUUAAAGGAAGAAGUGUCCACCAUUGGAGGACGAGGUCUCCACCAUUGGAGGAAGAAGUGUCCACCAUUAGAGGACGA